AUGUCUAAGACUGGUUUCCCUGUUGAAGACCCAGUAAACUCAUACUGGCAACUUCCGCCUCACCGUAUCGCAAACCAUCGAACGACUCCCAAUCUUCCGAGUAAUGCUGAUUAUGUCAUUAUCGGAUCAGGCAUCACUGGUGCUGUAGUUGCCCACAAACUAUUCGAGCGCAAUGCAUCAGCAUCAAUACUCAUGGUAGAGGCCCGAACGACGGCUUCAGCAGCGUCAGGUCGCAAUGGUGGCCAUUGUCGGGCAGGAUGGUGGCAUAGAUUUCCACGUCAUGUUGAGAAAUAUGGGGAAAAAGAAGCAAUCAAGAUUGACAAUCUUGAAAAGGCAAACGUUCAAGCGAUGGUCGACUUUGUUUAUCUACACAACAUUCAAUGCGACUUGAAGCCGGUGGAAACAGCAGAAGUGUUCAAGACCAAGGAAAGGUUUGCUGUAGCGGUGAAUGCUGUCGAUUUCAGGCAAGCUUUCCGUCAGCGGCGACCAGAGUCUGAAAUCGCCAUUAACCAUAUGGUUCUACAAGGUAAAGAGGCUCAGCAAGCAUUUGGGAUAUCUGACAUUGUUGGUGCGACAAUGUACCCUGCCUACACUCAGAAUCCAUAUCUUUUGGUUUGUAACAUGCUCGAGCUGAGUCUAGCAAAAGGCCUCAAUUUACAAACCAACACGACUGUGACUCGGAUUGCUAAACAGGAUGAUGUUUGGGAAGUCAUGACACAAAGAGGACCUGUACGGGCCAAAAACGUUAUCCUUGCCACUAACGCCUACACAAAUGUGCUCUAUCCAGACUUGGCAGCAACGGGCUUUCUUGUACCCAGUCGACGUCAGGUAUCAGCAAUCCGACCGGGCGACAAAGCUCAUGAGAUCCCAGCACUGAGAAAGAGCUGUGCAUUUUCUGACUAUAACGGAGGAGACUAUUUCCUCGUCCGAGAAGCAGGUAUUCGAGGGGCUGGUGACAUGCUUUACGGCGGAGGAGAGCACAUCGACAAAGGCACAGGCUGCACUGAUGACUCAAAAAUCAACUCUGAUAUUGCCGAGUAUCUCCAUAAUGCGGCUGCAGAAUACGUUGGGCGUGGUAACUGGGGAAAAGACGGCGAAGUAGUGAACGAUUGGGUCGGCAUUACAUGUUACACGCCAGACUCAUUCCCUCUCGUGGGGGAAGCCCCAGGUCAGCCAGGACUCUGGAUGUCUGUCGGAAUGAAUGGCCAUGGAAUGGCGUUUGCUUACAAGUGCGCGGAGGCUUUGGUGUGCAUGAUGGAUUCAGAACCAGACUGGCUGCCAAACUCCUUCUGCCUAGCAAGGGUUUUCGAGAAGCCGAAUAAAACAAUCCAAAGGACCCAUUAG